GAAAUCAAUUGAAAGCGGACUGAGGGGGAGGAAUCAGGUUUAUUUGGGGGUCCCACCCUUCCCCCAUUCCGGGUCUCGACCUUCUAAAUAUGUAGGGGACCUCCAUAAAGCGAGGACAACGACCAGACCCGGAAACUCGCUUACCCUAAAAAAUAAAAGUAUAACAACUGUGUCAUAAGUAUUUGCAUUCUAUAUAUUUUCUAGUAUAGUGUAAUAUUCAGAGCAUACAUAUUGUACUGUAUAAAAUACUGUAGAGCGUUAAUUUUCUAACUGCAGUGGAGUAUUAUACACUUAUUCUCUUAAAUGUAACCGGAAAUACCUACAUUGCUUCGCUUCUCAAAUAUUGGUGUUGUUAUGUGUCAUGGCUUAAGCCCCGAGUUCCGUCCCCCAAGUCCAUAAUGCGGGGUUACAUUCGUGCACUGUUGAUGUGCACGGUGUUUGCCGCGUUAUCGGGAUUGUACGUUUAUAGUACACUAUUUGAAGCGAAUAUGUCGGCCGGGGGAAACGGAGCGAAGAGGGUUUACGGCCCCCCGAGAGUGCUCGGACCCAGGCACGGGGACCCAGAUAAAGCGGGGCCACAAAGCUCACACCGGCACAACAGGUACAUCAUGCGUCAGCGAGGCCGGCUGGAGGUAGACGGCCGGCGCAGACCUCAGCCCUCCAUGCACUUGGCUGUGGUGGCCUGUGGCGAGAGGCUGGAGGAGACGGUCACCAUGUUAAAGUCGGCGGUGCUAUUUAGCAUCAAGGGCCUCCAGCUGCACAUCUUUGCUGAAGACCAGCUGCACACCAGUUUCAUGGAAGCAUUGGAAUCCUGGCCCGCUUUUAUCCGCUCCAGGUUCAACUACACAGUCUACCCCAUCCGCUUCCCCAGUGACAAUGCAGCAGAGUGGAAAAAACUCUUCAAACCUUGUGCCUCCCAGAGACUCUUUCUACCUCUUAUCCUAAAGGACGUUGAAUCUUUAGUCUAUGUGGAUUCCGACAUCCUCUUCCUCCAGCCUGUAGAUCGGCUGUGGGAUUUUCUGUCUCUGUUCGAUUCCGCGCAGCUUGCCGCCAUGGCCCCCGAGCACGAAGAACCCCGCAUUGCUUGGUACAGCCGCUUCGCCCGGCACCCUUUUUAUGGCAGAACAGGCAUCAACUCGGGGGUCAUGCUCAUGAACCUCACAAGGAUGAGGAAUAUGUUCUUUAAGAAUGAUAUGACGUCUGUGGGGCUCAGAUGGGAGGAGCUGCUGAUGCCACUCCUUCAAAAAUAUAAACUGAACAUAACCUGGGGAGACCAGGAUCUUCUAAAUAUCAUUUUCCACUACAACCCUGAGUUGCUGCUGGAGUUUCCGUGCCAGUGGAAUUACCGUCCGGAUCACUGCAUUUACGGCAGCAACUGCGCCUCCGCCGAGGACAACGGCAUCUACAUCCUGCACGGGAACAGAGGCGUGUACCACGACCACAAGCAGCCCGCCUUCAAAUCGGUCUACGAGGCCAUAAGAAAGGUGACUUUGUGUACGAGUUUUGUGCUUUCACAAUUUGUUGUCCUUCAGCUAAACAAUUGGGAUUGGAAGCAUUUAUUUGUCAGAUUACAGCAAAUUAGGGGUGUGAUCAGAAAGCUAAUUUCCCUCCCGCGAGGACUUUUAUGGGCUGUUUCCUAUUACUGUAAUAAUAUUGACGACGGGGCUGGCAUUUACUUAAUGAAGCCAUCAGCGCAAAUCUCAUCCCAUUUCUAUUAACCAUCGCAUACAUCAGGGGAAUGGUGGAUCCCGAGCCAAUCCCCGUGCAAAAAUCACCUCAGUUGUAUGGUAGGCAGUCAUUUGAUUUCACGGUUCUUCUUGAACAUAUCACUACAGUGGGUUGAGCAGCUGCUAGGACAAACUGAAAUGAUACUAAUGAGAGCAUAGAGACAACACUUUGGACAUUGGAACAUACUGCCAUCUUAACAUCAUCUCGCAAAAAGCCUGUGAGCAGUGAUUGCACGAAACGUGUUGAGGUUUCAAAGCGUGUAUGGAGAAUCCAGGUAAUGAUUUAGGAAGCGAGAAGUCGGUCCCAACUAAGAACAGUUUAUAUGAGUGAGUGGUUUGUGCUCGUCUGUAGACUUGAAACAUAUAGAAAAAAAAAUUGGUGUGAAUUUUGAUUAAAAAGUGAUGUCGUGUUAUGUCUAAAUAUGUAUUUUAAAGACCGCUUCUAAUUUAGUUUAACGUAUUUCUCAUUUAUAACAACGUAUACCAUAUCUACACAAGUAGCAGCUUGUUAAAACAAUACAUUUUAAUGCUUUAUAUAAAUGCACUGAAUCAGGGGUGUCCAAACUUUUUUCUGAAACAGAAUUAUCGUUAUUCAACAUUAUGAGGAGAAAUGUUUACUAAUAUUUCAGUUGUAAAUAGUUUAUUUGCAUCUUUGCAUAUCUAGAAAAGGUGUAUAUGAAACCAAUUUCGUAUUAGUAGUAGUUAGGGGUGUCACAAACCACCACUUUUUCGACAUUCACAAUUUUCAUGCAGCCCCCCCCUCCCCGCAACUCUUUAAAAAAAAAAUAUAUAUAUAUAUAUAAAAUAGUGUUGCGGACCAUAUGAAUUGUCAUUUUUAUCAUAUGUCGCGGGCUCCUAAAAAAUGAACGGUGGGCCACAAAUGACCCCCGGGUCACAGUUUGGACACCCCUCCAUUAAAUUAACAUACAGUGGCAUGGCCCAUAACAACCGUUUCACUUUCUCACAUGGGUCCUUCCCAAAAACGAAUUGCUCACCCCUGGAUUAAAUGAAUGAACCACACAGGACCUAAUUAGGGUGUUUUUAUUUCCUUCAUCGUAUCCCAUCCGGACACUGUCGCAAGACGGCAAAAAAGCCGUUACAGAUAGUUCAAACGGCAAUUGAGGU